CUCUCCGCCCCCUCCUCUGGUGGCGGCGCCGGGUUGCAGCCCCGGUUGUGGCGGUUUCGGUACCCGAAGCCGGGAGCGCGGAGUCGUUCCCGGGAGCGGCGGCCAGGCUAUGAUCGCGGGUUCCCGGCGUGCCGCUCCGGCCAACCAGAGUCCUUGUCUCAGCCUGAGCCUGUGCCCGAGCGGUCUCCUCAGCCCGGCCCCGCGGCGCGAUUGGCGGCGGCGCCCCUGGCGCGUCCCCUCCUCCGAUGGCGGCGGAGAUCCAGCCCAAGCCGCUGACCCGCAAGCCUAUCCUGCUGCAGCGGGUCGAAGGGUCCCAGGAGGUGGUGAAUAUGGCCGUGAUCGUGCCCAAGGAGGAGGGCGUCAUCAGCGUCUCAGAGGACAGGACAGUUCGUGUAUGGUUAAAGAGAGACAGUGGACAAUAUUGGCCAAGCAUAUACCAUGCAAUGCCUUCUCCAUGUUCAUGCAUGUCUUUUAACCCGGAAACAAGAAGACUGUCCAUAGGUCUAGACAAUGGUACAAUCUCAGAGUUUAUUUUAUCAGAAGAUUAUAACAAGAUGACUCCUGUGAAAAACUAUCAAGCGCAUCAGAGCAGAGUGACGAUGAUCCUGUUUGUGCUGGAGCUGGAGUGGGUGCUGAGCACGGGACAGGACAAGCAGUUUGCCUGGCACUGCUCCGAGAGUGGGCAUCGCCUGGGAGGUUAUCGCACCAGUGCUGUGGCCUCAGGCCUGCAAUUUGAUGUUGAAACCCGGCAUGUGUUUAUUGGUGACCACUCAGGCCAAGUAACCAUCCUCAAACUGGAGCAAGAAAACUGCAGCCUGGUCACAACAUUCAGAGGACAUACAGGUGGGGUGACUGCUCUCUGUUGGGACCCCGUCCAGCGAGUGUUGUUCUCGGGCAGCUCAGAUCACUCUGUAAUCAUGUGGGACAUCGGUGGGAGAAAAGGAACAGCCAUCGAGCUCCAAGGACACAAUGACAAAGUCCAGGCCCUCUCCUAUGCACAGCACACACGGCAGCUCAUCUCCUGUGGUGGUGAUGGUGGGAUUGUCGUCUGGAACAUGGACGUGGAGAGGCAGGAGACCCCUGAAUGGUUGGACAGUGAUUCCUGCCAAAAGUGUGAUCAGCCGUUCUUCUGGAACUUCAAGCAAAUGUGGGACAGUAAGAAAAUUGGCCUAAGACAGCACCAUUGCCGCAAGUGCGGGAAGGCUGUGUGCGGCAAGUGCAGCUCCAAGCGCUCCUCCAUCCCUCUGAUGGGCUUUGAGUUUGAAGUGAGAGUCUGCGACAGCUGCCACGAGGCCAUCACAGAUGAAGAACGUGCGCCCACAGCUACCUUCCAUGACAGUAAGCAUAACAUUGUGCAUGUGCAUUUUGAUGCAACCAGAGGAUGGUUACUGACUUCUGGAACUGACAAGGUUAUUAAGUUGUGGGAUAUGACCCCAGUGGUGUCUUGAUGACACUCACAGGCAUCAGAAAGAGAGUAUUUACUCAAGAAACGGUUGUUCUAAUCCCACUCCUUACUGGAGCUGUAAAGCAGACGUGUGAGAAGUAAGAGAGAAACUAGAACCGGGCAGAGUCGGCGUAUUUCAUGCACACACGGUGGUGAGCUAGUGAGUGAACACUGGCGAGGGGACUCUUUCAACUUGUUCAUACAAUAUCAAAGAAGAUAUUUUUUUAACAAAUGGUUUAUACAGUCUGGCUGCGCUACAUUGUUUUCAGUAUACUGAAAGCUCUGUGUGGGGUGUUUAAUUUUUAUAUUUUUCAACACUUCAUUUUAGUUGUUGCUUUGCGUGUGGGAGAAAUGUUCGGGGUAUUUGGGGUCCUUAUAAAGUAGUUUCCAUGUUUUCUUCACUUUGGCGCAUAUUAUGUGGUCAGCAUCUUUUUCUUCUCUAUGUGUCUACCCCCACGUUCCUCUGCUGCUAACCAGAGUGUAUGUAUUUACACUGUUUAUUCGCAGUGUUUCUGCUUUCAUAGAAAUCCUCUUCAGUUGAGAGAUGUGGAAAACCAUAGAUUUACCAACUGACUUCCUGAAUCACCUGAAGAAUGCUCCAUUCGUAAUGUCUAACUCAUUCAUGCUCUCAUUGAGCAGAAAUGACCUUGUGUUUCUGCCUCAGUUUUCUUUUUCGCAUGUUAAAAAAAUGUCGUGAGAGCUGCUGCCAACCAUUGUCAUCACAGGAGUAGAUUAUUAUAACUCAGAGCUUCAGCUGUCAGUGCCUGGAUCAUUUCUAAUUCACUUGGAGCCUUCUGAGUCUUUUAUGUUUUAAUUUUAUUGACACAUCUCUCCCUCGCUCAGAAUAUUAAAACAAAACAAAACGAAACACCAAAACUCUGUGUCCUUCCAAAAGAAAUGUCUUCAGGAUGUGUUUUUCCAUGUGGUGUCACCUCUGAACUUGAACAUGUUCCUUACUGCGAGAUUGUAUCCUGCUCUACUCCUUGCCAUCUGUAUUUUCUUCCCCUUUAAAAACUAGAUAUUUAAAGAUUUUUAUCUUAAUGUAUUUUAUCAGAACACUUUGCACACUUUCAUACUAAGCUGUGUGAUCUGAGACAUAAAAGGUACUGAAUCCUACAGCUCAUGCUGCGUUCCUGUUGGGAAUGUAAAAAAAGGGCUUUAGAAAAUGAACCUGAGGAACCUGAAUUUUAAGGGAAUUCAGUCAAACAUGAUAAAGCGGAAUAUUCUUGUGUGUAAAUGACUCAACUCGGGAUAUUGAAGUCCUUUUAAAAAAAUCUUAUUUUCACCUGUAAAAAUAGAGCUUAAAUUAGCAGCAGGCAUGUGCUGCGUGCCUGCCCCAUCCUAAGCACUUUACAUGUCCCAGCUCAUUCAACCCUCACCUCUUGGGAGCACUGGGGGAUCACUGAGUCUCUUGGGGAUCUCCAGGUUAAAUAAAGCCUUGCAGAUAAACAGGCCAAUUACUUGCCCUUCUUUAUCCAAGCCCUACCUCCUCAGUGUCUUAUUUGACAAUUUUUUGUGGUAGUAUUUGAAAUCCUCCCUAUUUUUUUUCUCUUUUCCUGGAAAGCAGUUUUUUCCCCUCGUGACGAUUAAUUAUUUUUCUUUCUAACUGGGAGAAGUACUACCCACCAUACUUGGUUAGCACCCCUAACGCCGACCAAGUCUGCCUCCCGGGGAUGGGGCUUCCCAGAGAUGCUUCUGCUGUUGCAGCUUUGGGAAGCAGGACCAGCAGGUGUGCCCCCUGCUGCUGCGGUACAUGACAGCCAUCCCCUAAGAGAUCAGACCAGAUCAGCCCCUGUGACUGUACUCUAAGGUUGCGUGCACACACACACAGAAGCAAUUACCACGUGUCCCUUCCCCGCCCCUUCCGCACUGCCCUUGCUUGCCAUCAGUCGAAGCUAUUAAAACUAAUCUAAGUCUGUUCUGCAUGAUUGCUCUGUGAGAGAGCUUUAAAAAGGGAAUUAAGUUUAAAAUACUCAUAUAUCUAUUUUGCAGUUUACUACUAUAACCUGGAGCCACUUACUGAGUUGUACAUAGUAGAGAGCUAUGUGUUGGAAAUGAGUAAUAGAAAUGAAUCGCUCUGUUUUCCCUUCCUGAACUUUGGCGCACAGCCUGUACACAGACAGGGAAACACAGUGUCAGGGAGGCAGUAGAUGAGGCGCCCAGCCGCCUGACGUGGGUCUGGGUUGGGUCUAGGUGAGCUCAGACCCCAUUGGGGAAACUGAUUGUCCCCACUGGAUCUCACCUGUCUACACCGUGAUUGCUCUGGUCUGGGACCCUGCACUUCUCUCCAGCCAUCUCCCUCCCACCAUAGCUCCCCAGGCCACAGAGCCACUUAGAGGUUGAAACCACUUGACACCUCAUUGGUGAUGAGAGUCAUGAUCAAAAAACCACAGAUGUGUCAAGGUAUCCAUCACGCUGCCCUUAUCUUUCUCCUCAUCUGUGGGAGUGCUUGAAUUUGGAGAGAAGCGCUAAGCAAGCCAACUGUGUGUUUAUAAUACUGUGAAUUCUUGAGUUUUACAUUGAGUAUCUCCACCAUUUUUCUGACUCAGAGAGAGACAUGUGCUGAUGUUGGAAUUGCACUUUACAUAAAUUUUGCUCUAUUACUUCAACAUACAGCAGCUCUGGCAAGUGAUGCCUAACGUGGCUACAUUAGGAAAGCGGCAAGACUGCACAGACCGCACACGUGGUUGUCCUUUAUUUGGUAGGAUAAGACCAAUCGCAUGCUCUCAGUUUCUCCAAAGAAAUGAUAUUGCUGCAACUUUAAACUGCCUGGAUGUGUCUCCACAGUAGCAAAAGUGGUUUUAGAUAAAAUACUUGGAAUCGUGUGUCUUUUUAUAUGAGGUCAAUCAACCAUGAUGUAUUUCUCAUUUGAUUGUUUGAAUUGUUCAAAGAAUCAUAAAAUCACAAAACUGGAAGGGAUCUUCAGAGAUGUAGGAUGUUCCAAGCACAAAACACUUUAGUCAUGCCAGGCAGUUAGAUAUAGCUGAGGUGUAAACAAGAGAAUCUAAAAGAAGAAUUUUCAAGGAACAGUUGUUUUUGAACAUUAGCUGGCAAUGGCAUGAGUGGGAGGAGAGACUUGCACUGCCUUGAGACAGGGAGCUCUCAGGAACCAGGUCUGCUCCUCUUAUCAUAAGCGAAUUUGACACUUCUUUUGGCCGCAGCCCUGUAGUUAGGAGUGUGUGGAUACUAUGCAAUGAGUCAAUUAUUGCAGGUCUUCCUCAGCAUUAACUCGUUCUUGUGGUCUUCCCCAGAGACCAUCCCAGUGGCAACAUUUAAGUGGAAAUCCAGGGGCACUGAAUGCACCCUACCCUGUUGUGUGAAGGCUGGCCUGGAGUGAGUCUCUGCGCCUGCAGCAUUUGCCCUUCUUAGGAACAUCACCUUCUCAUGUUUUGAGAUUCAUUUUUUAAAAGUAUAAUUUAUUUUUGCUUAACAAUCAAUUUUUAAACCUGAAUUUUGACUUCUAAGCAAAGGGAAAGCUCUAAACUAUGUAUCAAAGUUACUGGACAUAAGUAUUCAUCAAAUGAGAUUCCUUUGGUUUUGCUUUGUCGUAGUAGUUUAAUUGUAUGUAAGUGACCUUGUCCACCAAGAUUUAUAUUUUAAAGUCAAAGCAAGAAUUUUGUCAAAACAUUCUUCUUUUUCUCUCCUUUAAAAUAAUGUUAACUUAAAUUUUUCCUGAUGUGGAAGUGGAUAUCCAGCAACCUGACUGAAAAACACAGAAAUUAAGUCCAUUUUGAACACUGAGUUUCCUAGUUGAUCCUUGAGAUUCUAGUCCAGUUCAACCAUUUGUUGAGUGCCCACCAUCUACCAGGCUUUGAACUAGGCCCUGGGAUGACGAGGUCCCUUCCCUGGUAUGGGCAGAGGGCAUGCAGAGAUCAUUUCAGUAUCACGUGGUAAAUUCAGUGAUGGAGGUAUGCGUGCGGUCCCGCAUGGGUGGGGCCAGAGGGGUUUCAUAGAGGCAAGGAGUUCUGAGCUGCGUUGGAGUGAGUCAGGUAAGGGCGUGAUUUUCCAGGCUGCAGAAACAGCAUAAAUAAAGGCCCAAGAUCUAGCAUCAGCCUGGUGCUCAGGGACCACAAGUGGUCUGGAGUUGCCAGAGAAUAUCAAGCACUCAGCUGCAGUCCUGGAGCCUGAGCUCUUGUCACUGUGACGCUCGGAUGCUCAUGACCACGGAGAGGGCGGCAGCACACGGUCUGCCGUGACAGGUCCACUCAGAGGCUCAUUAGUUUGAGAGUCAUGUUUACCUACAGCUGAGGCUAGUAUCAGUUUCUUUUUCUUUGGAAGUACCUGGAAUUGUUAUCUUAAAAUGACCCAUGGUAACUAACUUUAAAACUUUCUGGGUGCAUAGCCCCUCACUCGAGGCCAUGAGGUAGAGCUAGCGAUCACUGCAUGCACACACUUGGCCUGGAAGAACUUACAUAAUAAUUCCACAAUUACACAGGUGAGCCAGGCUUAAGGCCUUGACCUGUGGCAGGGGAAGAUUGUUCUGGACAACUGUGGCCUUACACUAAUAAGCAGCAUCAGCCUUUUGGUACAUAAGCAGGCAGCUGCUGCCCUCCAUUUCUCUCUCGGCCUUAAAUCGUCCUUUCAAGUAAUGGGUCAUUUCAGUACCAAGUGGUAAAUGUGAUAAAUCCUCAUCACAGUGGCACUCGCCUAGUAGGUGGAAACCUUUUUCUCCAUUCGGUGUCAGUAAAAAGGCUCCGGCAGCCACUGCCUCAGAGACCUGGCUCUGCCAAGGCAGGGACAUCCCACCAUCCCCCCUCAGGGCUUGGGCUUUCUGGUUCUUGCUAUUCCAUCCAUUUGCCUUUGUCUUUCACUACUCAAGUAUCAUAUAUCCAUAACUUAAUUGAGGAACAUCCAUGUUUAUUUUUAAACUUUAGCUCAACUUUAUAACCAAGAACUAUAUACAUACCAACCCUCUGGGUUUUUAGUUUGUAUUUUUGCCUUUAAACGUUAUCAUUUCCACCAAGAGGCCUAACACAUGAAAGCAGUGUCUGAAAAUUAGAUCUGUCCGAAAUUGGAGUGGGAUUCCUCCUCUGUGUUUCCCAUACCAGGCAGUGUUUGAACACACAGCAGAAAGCCCCUCGUCAGAGAUGUGGGAAGGAGGUGACAGCUUGAAUAAGGGUUGACUUCGAUGAUUGUUCUUAAGAUCCCUUCCGAUCCUGUGAUCCUGUGAUUCCGUGAAUGUUGUUUAUUAUCGAACUGGCCUAAACCAUUACCAGCGAGCGACCCACAUGUGGCUGACUUCCUGGGAUACAUGAGAGCAUGUCGCAAUGCCUUUGUCUUCUGUCAUAUCUAGUAAGUUUCUUUCUGCAUUUUUCCAUCUAAAGCCUAGUAGGUUUGAAAAAGAUGGUGAACGUGGAAGUUAAUCAUGGUACCAUCUCUUUAAAAAUAGAUACCUCAAAAUGUUCACCUUUGUGAGUCAAAACGUGUAUCUGACUUUCUUGGGAGAGAAAGUGUCAGAGAACUGCAGGAUGGUUUAAACGUUAGAUUUAGAAUCUGACCUUGAUAUUUAUGAUUCUUUCCUCCUUUUUUUUUUUCCUUGGUUCUCUGAGAAAUAUGAGAGAGUGAACUAUAACACAAAAAGGGAAAAUGGUUUGAAAAAAGUAUUUCACUUCUAUACACUUUUUUCCCCAUUUAAAUGGAUGUCAGCCUUAUAUCAGUAGCAUAUGCCCAUUUGAAGUAUGGACCAAAACACUUGUGUCACUGGUAACCAUUGUACUCUUGUAUAUUUGUGUUUUACGCCAUUUGCCUUGCUUUUUAAAUAACUUUUUUUCAGUGUACUGUCAUUUUCAAAAGAAAAUCUUAUAUGAAAAGUACAAAAACUUAUUAACUGGACAACAGGGAAGGUGCUAGCCCCACGUUCGUGCCUGCCUACCACCUUAUCCAUAACCAGGGACAUGGACUCUUCCAUGCUGCACGCCAUCCGUCGGCAGCUGCAGCGGGCAUGUUACUUUAUCAAUAUCUUUUUCUUUCUUUUUGAAAUGAGAUUCCCCAAGGGGUCAGGCUGAGAAUGUAAUAAGCCCGAAGCUGGAACAGACUUCUCAGAUGUGGUUCUAGCUGGAUCCUCCCGGCAGUGCCAUGCUCUCUGCCACUGCGGUCCACAACCAGACCGAGCAGUCUGGAUACUGACUUCCUGAGUGUGACUAGGUGGAUUGAGCAAGAAUUUCUUACAAUGUUAAAAUGUCUGUAUCCAGUUCUACCUUCAAAUGCUGCUGAAUGUUGUGAAUGUUUUUAAACUCUGCUCACUUUCCCACUGAGCUUCCCUCUAACCGAAACCGUAUGUAGCCAUUACCAGUGUAAGACUCUCAAUGCAAAGCUGCCUCCAUGGUUUAAAAUAAAUCUCUGUGGAAACCUUCCUGCA